AUGUUUAGAUGGACUGCGAGCAAUUUCAGCUUUAUUAAUUGUUUCUGUGCAUGCUGUUCUAUCCUUAUUCAGAUUUUAUCAAAGCCUCUCUUUUUCGAAAAGUCAUAUGACUACAUAUUGUUCCAAAUGUUUUAUAACGGAACACUUUUCGUACAGUGUUUUUUUAUAAUAUCAGGACUUUUACUAGCGUACAAUUUAAAAACUGCUUCCGAAAAGAACGAUCUUAAUUGGCAAGAAGUACCGAAGCGCAUUGCUCUACGUUGGCUAAGACUAACACCACCUUACGCAAUAACUUUAGCUCUUGCAGCAACUUGGAUGAGGCAUGCAGGGUCAGGGCCACUGUGGGAGGAAAUUGUAGGGGAAACCGUCAACGCCUGUAAUCUGCACUGGUGGAAGCAUUUGCUUUUUAUCAACAAUUACUUUAGUAAUACUCAAUGUAUGUUGCAAACAUGGCACAUCGCAACUGAUCUACAGUUACACAUUAUGGGUUUGCUAGUGUGUAUACUGUGUAAGGGUAGAGUCAGAAAUAUUGCUAUUAGCAUCUUAUAUGUAGUGGGGUUCGUUGUACCAGGAUUACAUACCAUUUAUCAAGAUCUUGAUGGAGUCCUUAUGAUAACUUUGGUCAACUUAAGUACAUUUCUCGUCAAGGAUAAUACAUUUCUCUAUGUAUACGUACCCGCACAUACAAAUAUUUCAAACUUCAUUCUGGGUAUAGCUUUAGGACAUUUCAUCUACCACCUACACUGCAAAAACUUCAGCCUCAACAAAUAUAAGAUUUACAAAUGUAUGAUAUAUACCUCAAUUCCGAUAUUGUUUGCUUUGAUACUUCUCGGCUCUGUCAGCUAUAGAAACGGUCCCAGAUUACCAAUUUACGUAAGAGUGGCAUUCGCAGUUCUUCUCAAACCUAUAUUUGGUGUUGUCUUCGCGAUACUUAUUCUAGGCAUCGUGUUUAAGGUAGAAAAACAUUUGAGCGGAUUUUUCGAAGCACGUAUAUGGACGAUUAUUAAUAAAAUAUCGUACUGUACUUACAUCUGUCACAUGGCAAUUAUAAAACUACUUUUGUGUUCUCAACAACUGAUUAGAUCAGAUUUUUUCCAAUUGGUUCAUUUUCUAUUGGGUACAGUGUGCAUGUCACUUUUAGCAGCCACAGUUCUAUGGCUAUUCGUGGAAGCGCCUGUUUCUGGAAUUAUAGACAGUAUCCGAAUAGGAAGCACAUGUAAAACGCAGCAAGAGAAACCAAAGACCAGUUAA